CUUUUCCUUCAUUCAUUAUCUCAUCUUUUCUUCAUACACUAAGAACCUAAGAAUAUAAGAGCCUUAAUCAUUAGCUUCUUAGUUUACAUCAGUUGCAAUUAUGUGUGCUUUGAAAACUGAGAACAUGUGUGCUCAUUCUCGAUUCCAUGAUAAGAAUAGUAACUUUAUUACUUUGACAGCAAAUAAUCAUAACAACAACGAUAGAGAAGAGCAAUCUGUAUCACCAAGUCUAAGAUCCUCUACUACAGCAUCCACAUCCUCAGAAUGCUUGCUAACGCCGCAAAAUGAAGCAAUCCAUCCUUUUGAUAUGGCAAUCACUUCCGCUUCCAAAGAUAACAGUGAAUCAGUUACAAAUACAUCAGAUCAUAAUUUUAAUACGAAUGCACUGCAAGAUUCACUUUUGCUAUUAUCUCCUACCUCUACCAGCACAAACACUUCACCAAAGCGGCAUCGAGGAUCAUCUUUUUCUUCCUCGUCUACAACAAUUGCUAGAAAAGAAUCUUCCAUAUACCCCUCUGUUAACACAUCUCUAUUAUUGGCAACCACAGCAAUCAAAAGUAACAUUUAUGAUAUCUUAAACCAUCGUCCACUACCUCAAAACAGUAAAAGUAUCAAUAACAAUGCAACCACGGCAGCUUCAAAUAUUUCUAGAUAUUUACCACAAAACCAGGCAGUUAUUACAACACAGGAUAACUGGAGAAUUAGCAUCGCUAAUAAUAAUGCUGACCGGUUAUUAUCAGGUACAGAUGCAACCAGUACUUCUGUGAGCACAAAAGCAAACAACCGCUUUAUUGGGAGACAUAUAUUGGAUUUUAUUGCACCAAGUCAUAAAACGCUUCUCCUCGAAAAAAUCGUUAAAAGAAGAGAAGAAGAAGACGAAAACCGAUACACAACCAUGAAUAAUCAUUUACAUGGAACUAUUUUGAUAUGUGGUGACAUUAUUCCGAUAGUUAAACAGGAUGGUUCCAAGUCUUCUGUUUCCUUAUGGCUCAAAGAAAAAAAGAGCGAAUCCUCCUCAUCGACUAUUUUUAUUUGGAUAUUUGAAGAAUUAGUUCAAACAACGUUCAAAAUCAAAUUGGACGAUCACGACUGCAUAAUACCAUGCACUGCUAGUUCCAAGGAAGAAGACACUGAAGAUAGUGAAGAUGAAGAAGAUGACGACGAUGAUGCAGAUGCUUUUCAGUUUUUAUUAGGAUAUUCAGCGUCCUCCUCUGCAACAGAUUUUUUCAGUCAACCUAUUCAAAAGGUCUUACCGCAGUUUAAUGCAACUACUUCACAUACACAAACAACGACUACUAGUGGCAAUAACGGAUCACAACAGGAUAAGUUUUUUGGAUGUCGUACAAAACACAAUGCUUAUUUCCCUGUUAUGGUUACUACUACCACAACCUCUUCGGCCAGCCACAGUAAAACACUUCGUAUCACAUCUAUGCCAACUUUGGCAGACCUUGUUACUGUCGAUCGCGCCACGCAUGUUAUUUUAUCUUGCAACCCUACAUUUGCCAAACAUUUGUUCGGUUAUGAUGAUGCCACGAUCUCGCUUGUGCAGAAUGAGAAUGUUACAAUGGAUAAGAUUAUGCCAGAAUUCUCAACGUUAGUUCGUUAUUUGGAACGUGAUGAGCUCUUAUUAGACGAUGGUUAUGUUUUAAACAACACGAUGUGUCGUGACAUUCUACAUGCUAAUGACAGUAGAAUGAAAGGCAACAGCACUUCUCCCUACCUUACUGUGCAGCACCGAGAUGGAACACGUUUUGAAGUUGACAUACAAAUUAAAUUGGUCGAUAAGUCAAAGUAUGCUUUAUGGAUUACAUUCGAUCGUGAUGUGGUGCUGAAACGAUAUGGACAUGCUACAUCCUAUAUUUGUAAAAGACAACAAGCUCAAUUUGAGAAAGAGCAGGUUGAAAAGUCUACUAAAACCAAUAUUAUUCGUGCGAAAUCUGUCAAUGUACCCUCAAUGAGCAAGUUGAACAGCAACAAGAAUACCCAGUUACAGAGGAAAAGAUACAUCAGAAAGCGGGAGGAAACUAGCGUGAAGAAUGAUGAAAUAACAAAAUUAAGCAAAAAUGUAACUAGUUAUUCGAGACCUUCAUUCAGUCCUAGUUCAUCUUCUGCUCAAUCUUCUACGCCAUCAUCGAGCUAUUCGCCGUCAGCCACCCCUUCUCCACCUUCCUUGAAUCGCCACCGUUAUACCAGUAGUUUCAGUAGUAUGAGUGUUUUCCAAAGCAGCAACACUAACAGUUCUACUACUGCAUCCUCGACAAUAUCAUCAUCAUCAUCUUCUUCCUCUACCAAGCUUAACACUACUUCCGCAGUAUCAGCAGCUUGUGCGAACAACGAUACAAUCUGGCCACGUGUAGGAGAAUAUUCUGCGCAAACACUGAAAGUGAGCAUUAACGAUUAUGAAAUCAUUGAUGAACUUGGUCAAGGCGCUUACGGCUACGUUAAGCUGGCUUAUCUUAAACGAGAUCCCACAAAAAAACGCGUUGUCAUUAAAUACGUCAUCAAAUCACGUAUCCUCGUUGACUGUUGGACACGCGAUCGUACACUGGGCCUCAUUCCGGCUGAGAUUCAUGUUCUUCACACGCUUCGCAAAAUCCCUCAUAUCAACUGCAGCGACAUGCUGGACUAUUUUGAAGACGACGAACAUUAUUAUGUCGUGAUGGAUUUGUAUGGUGCGGGCAUGGAUCUAUUCGAUUAUAUUGAAAUGAACGAACAUUUGAAAGAAAAAGAGAUCAAAUCGAUUUUUAAACAAGUGGCAUUGGCGGUGGCUCAUUUGCAUGCACAUCAAAUUGUACAUAGAGACAUUAAAGAUGAAAAUGUCAUUCUAGAUAUGAAGGGUGGAGUGAGGUUAAUUGAUUUUGGUAGUGCAGCCUAUGUCAAGCAAGGACGACCGUAUGAGACGUUUGUGGGUACAUUGGACUAUGCUGCGCCAGAGAUUUUGCUAGGUCAAUCGUAUGCUGGACCACCGCAAGAUAUUUGGGCUUGUGGCACCUUACUGUAUACCUUGAUUUACAGAGAAAACCCGUUUUACAACAUUGAAGAAAUUUUGGAUAGAGAACUAAGAAUACCAUUUAAAUUGUCAGAAGAAUCUGUUGAUUUAAUUAAAAAAAUGCUGAAUCGCGACGUGAACCAAAGAGUUAACAUUCAACAAGUAUUAGAUCAUCCCUGGCUUACGACAGAUUAAGUUGCUGUUUUCAUCGCUGUACAUUUCAUUAAUACCCACUCUGUAUUAUUUCCUCCACUUUUGUGUGUC